GUUGUUUGUUUUUAGCACUUUAGAACUUUUUGCCAUAUUCGCCGCAAUGACAUCGUUGACAUUGUGCUGCUCGCGUCGUGCGGUCGCUGCCAACGCCUACGUCAACGCCAAUUGGCGGUUUAUUCAAACACUUCAAAGGCGCCAACAACAACAAUUACAAUUACAACAGCAAUGUAGGCGUUUGAGCGCAGCUGCAACAACAACAGCGCCAAAAACCAAUGCAAAUAACAGCGAACUUGGCAUCUUAUCGCGAAGCAUGUCGUCGAGCUCGUGUCCCAAUCUGGUCGCUGUUGAGGAGUCGCGCCGCUUCAUGAUCGACUGCUUCAAGGCCGUGAAGGUGCCGGAGGCGCAUGCGCGUGCCCAGGCCGAUCUUCUGGUGGCGGCCGAUUAUCGUGGCCACUUUAGCCACGGCAUGAAUCGUCUCGAGAUGUAUAUCAAUGACCUGGCCAUUAAUUCGACAAACGGCGCGGCCGAUCCGAAGGUGCUGAAGGAAACCCCGGCAACGGCCUGGGUGGAUGGCUGCAAUGGCCUGGGCGCUGUCGUUGGCAAUUUCUGCAUGGAUUUGGCCAUCAAGAAGGCCAAAACCGUGGGCGUUGGCUGGGUCUGUAGCCGGGGCUCCAAUCAUUACGGCAUGGCCGGCUGGUAUGCCUUGAGAGCGAUGGAAAACGGUCUGGUGGGCAUGUCCAUGACAAACACAUCGCCAUUGAUGGCGCCCACCGGCGCCAAGGAGUCGGCGCUGGGCACCAAUCCGCUCUCGCUGGGCGCCCCAGCUGGCGACAGCGAUCACUUUCUGCUGGACAUGGCCACCACCGCGGUGGCUGUGGGGAAAAUCGAGAUCCAGAAUCGGAAGGGCGCACCGCUGCCCGACGGCUGGGCCCAGGAUCCCGAUGGCAAGGUGACCAACGAUGCCCAAUUGGCAUUUGCCACCGGCUGCCUGCUGCCGCUCGGAGGCACCGAGCUAACCUCCGGCUACAAGGGCUACGGCCUGGGCGCCAUGGUCGACAUAUUGUCGGGCGUCAUGUCCGGCGCCAAGUACUCGACGCAGGUGCGCAAAUGGACGCACACGGGCGCCAACACAGCCGCCGAUUUGGGACAGCUUUUCGUUGCCAUCGAUCCCAAUUGCUUUGCGCCCGAUUUCGAGGAGCGCAUGCAAGACUUUAACUCGCGUCUGCGAGGCGCCAAGCCGACCGAUCCCAAGAAGCCCGUGCUGCUGGCCGGCGACAAGGAGACGAAGAACAUGAAGGCCGUCGACGAUGCCGGCGGCAUCCAGUAUCUGGAGAACCAGCUGAAGACCUGCGCGUCCCUGGCCGAGAGGCUCAAGAUCAAGCCGCUGAGCUUCAAGUGAGAAGGAGACGGAAUCAUAUCUAGAAAAACGAACACAUAUGCCAUAAACUAAAGCUGCUUUUGCAUUUUUCUUGACCAAAGGAUUUGAUUAGUGCCUAAGUCGAGAACAGUUAACGUUUACAGACUAUACUAGACUCUUUGAUAUAUACAAAUAUAUAUAUUAUGAUAUUAUAUUCUGCAGAGCUAAUAAAAAUAGACUUGAAUUAUGUUUGUUA